ACAAGAUCAAAGACUGGUGAUAUAAUGGGUAGAGGAAAGAUCGAGGUUAAGAGGAUCGAAAACAACACUAGCAGACAAGUCACCUUCUCAAAACGCCGAACAGGGCUGCUCAAGAAGACCCAUGAACUUUCUGUCCUCUGCGAUGCGCAGAUCGGACUCAUCGUCUUUUCCAGCAAAGGGAAGCUCUUUGAGUACUGCACUCACCCUCUGAGCAUGGGUGAAAUGAUAGGAAGAUAUCUGGAUGCUACAGGGAUUCGUAUACCAGAGCACGAUGACCGGGAACAAAUAUUCAAUGAGUUGACAAGAAUCAGGAAUGAAACUCAUAAUCUUCAACUGAGUUUGCAGCGGUACAAAGGUGAGGACUUGAGUUCUGCACGGUACGAGGAUUUGGAUGAGCUUGAACAACAGCUUGAAUCCUCAGUUAACAAGGUCCGAGCUCGGAAGUUUCAGCUAUUGCAGCAACAACUGGACAACCUACAGAGGACGGAAAAAAUGUUGGAGAAGGAAAACCAAGACAUGUACCAGUGGUUGAUGAGUAAUCACAUGAAGCAACAGGCAGAGGAAUUGAACCAUCAUCAACAGGCAAUGACUGAGCUGAGCCUAGUGGGACAGCAGCACCAACAGCAAGUGUUGGAACAGUUUCCAUUCUAUGGAGAAGAGCAGCCAAGCAGUGUUCUUCAACUUGCAAGUGUCCCUCUCCAACUCCACCACCACCACCACCACCACCCCUACCAACUCCAGCCUACUCAGCCCAACCUUCAAGACUCCAAUCUCCUACAACAAACCUAUGGUACACUCCAAAACCCCUUAAAAGAUCACAUUGAUAUUUGCAUUAACAGUUGUGAUGGAGUAGAGAAGAAUUUUACAAAAUGA